CAGUCGUGCGGGGAAGACAAAUGACCUACAUAUCGUCUUGGCCCCAUGCCGUAUCAAUACGGUAUGGAAUAUGUAUACGCGCGCGCAUGAAUAUCAGUUUGGUACACAAUCUGUUAUAUACACGUUGACCGUUAAAUAUUGCACGAAUCUCUCCGCUCUAUCCCACGGCAUCUCCAUAUACCCGUAUAAACCGGCACCGCUAAUUUUUCAUUUCGCUACAUAAGGCCAUAUAUAUAAGAAAUAACCUGAAAGAAAUAGUCAGGUACAGUAGGUAGUAUAAUAUCCCAGCAAAAUAAUCGUAUGCGCCCGGUUGGUGUUUCGCCUGUCCAAAUUGACUUUAUUGUACAAGUCUCUUUUUGGUGUUCUACCUUUCAAGUACUAGUACGAUCACAGGAUCCCUGUUGAAAUUAAUUGCAGAUGGCCCUUUUGAUUCUUAUGGCUGAGCGGGCAGUUGCGGUCACUCUCUUCCCACAGCACACCUGAAGACGACGACUCAUGCUAUGCCUGCAUCCACAUUCUACUAAGGCAGCAGCACUAUUUGCCUAUAUAUAUAUAUAUAGCGUUGGUUUGCACAUAGGCACACCUCCAUGAUCCGGACGAGUAGUUGGCAAAUACAGUAACAUAGUACGCACAGUACCAUGGCAUCCGGUGCUUCACGAAGCGUCAGGUUUCAGAAGGACGUGGACGUGAAGCACUUCCGAAGGAGCCCUGCGGAGAGCCCACAACCGCCGUCGUCGGGCAGAAAGCGCAGCAGGUCCCAUGAGCCGAGCCCGAGGUGGUGCUGGCCGGGAUCCCGUGACUCCCCGGAGAAACCGCGCGCGCGCACGCGCACGCGCACGAGCGGCAGAGCCCUCAAGGACAGGACGCUGUCGCGGGCCUUCUCGGAGGAGCUGGAGUCGCUGAUGCACGGCGGCGGCGACCGCCACCUCUUCUUCUUCUUCGACCCGCGCGGGCAGGCGGUGCACCGGUGGCACAAGGUGUUCCUGGCGGCCUGCCUCGCGUCGCUCUUCGUGGACCCGCUCUUCCUCUACCUGACGGGGACGCGGCGGGACGCGUGCAUCGGCUUCGACUACUCGCUGGCGCUCACGCUCUCCAUGAUACGGUCGCUGCUGGACGUCUUCUACGCCGCGCACAUCGUCAUCCGUUUCCGCACCGCCUUCAUCGCGCCGUCCUCGCGGGUGUUCGGGAGAGGGGAGCUCGUCAUCAACCCCUGCCAGAUCGCCAGGCGGUACCUUGCAUGGACCUUCUGGUUCGAUCUCUUCACCGCGCUACCACUGCCGCAGUUGGUGGUGUGGGUGGUGGUGCCGAAGCUGAGGGAAUCCGCCAUCACAAACAUUAAGAACGUCCUCCGUUUCAGCAUCAUUUUCCAGUACCUGCCGCGGCUGCUACAGAUCUUCCCGCUGACGAGGCGGAUCGUCAUGGCGACGGGGGUCAUGACCGAAAACGCCUGGGCCGGAGCAGCUUACAACCUCAUACUCUACAUGCUAGCGAGCCACGUGCUUGGAGCACUGUGGUACCUCUUCUCGGUGCAGCGGCAGGAGUCGUGCUGGCGGGAGGCGUGCCGCGUCGAGGGCCCACCGUGCCAGGACCGCUUCUUCGACUGCACAAGCACCAGCACCAGCAGGACCAUGUGGUACGCGCUCACCAACGUCACCAGGCUCUGCGCCCCCAGCAACAGCAACAACAACAACGGCUUCUACCAGUUCGGGAUCUUCGCCGAGGCGCUGGACGCCCAGCUCACCACCUCCUCCUUCACGCACAAGUACUUCUACUGCUUCUGGUGGGGGCUCAAGAACCUCAGCUGCCUGGGCCAGAACCUCUCCACCAGUCUCUCCAUCGGCGAGAUCAGCUUCGCCAUCGUCAUCGGCGUCCUCGGCCUGGUGCUCUUCGCGCUGCUCAUCGGCAACAUGCAGUCCUACCUCCAGGCCACCAUGGUGCGGCUGGAGGAAUGGCGGACCAAGCGCACGGACAUGGAGCGCUGGAUGCACCACCGCCAGAUACCGCAGCCGCUCAAGGAGUGCGUCAGGAGGUACCACCAGUACAAGUGGGUGGCCACCCGCGGGGUCGACGAGGAGGCGCUGCUCGAGGACCUCCCCAUGGACAUCCGCCGCGACAUCAAGCGCCACCUCUGCCUCGACCUCGUCCGGAGGGUGCCGCUGUUCGACGAGAUGGACGAGCGCAUGCUGGAGGCCAUCUGCGAGCGCCUGCGCCCGGCGCUCUACACAAGGGGCACGCGCCUCGUGCGGGAGCUGGACCCCGUCGACUCCAUGCUCUUCAUCAUCCGGGGACACCUCGACUCCAACACCACGCAGGGCGGGAGGUCUGGCUUCUUCAACUCGUGCCGCAUCGGGGCGGGGGAGUUCUGCGGGGAGGAGCUGCUCACGUGGGCGCUCGACCCGCGACCCGCCGAGGCGCUGCCGAGGUCCACGCGCACCGUGCGCGCCGUCUCCGAGGUCGAGGCCUUCGCGCUCGUCGCCGAUGACCUACGGUUCGUCGCCUCGCAGUUCCGCCGCCUGCACAGCGCACGUAUCCGCCACAGGUUCCGCUUCUACUCCCACCAGUGGCGCACCUGGGCGGCGUGCUUCAUCCAGGCCGCAUGGCGCCGCCACAAGCGCCGACGCGCGUCCAUGGAGCUCAGGGUGCGCGAGGGCGGCAGCCAGCCGUGGCCGGGAGGGAGCGUUAGGCGCCGUCGGCAUAGUUGCGACGGCAAGGCGCUCAAGAAACCCAUGGAGCCGGAUUUCACGGUGGAACAAGAAGACUGAAAUGUUUCUUCAUUGCUUUCUCAACUAGCAAUGCCGUCACUAGUUUUGCUAAAAACUCAAACUAUGAUAAAUGUUUUAGGAAAAAACAUCAAUAUCUAUAAUAUCUACUCCCUCUCUUCUUAAA